AUGUCGAACCAAAUCAUCGCAGACACGGACACGCCUGAUCCGUGGAUGGUGGCCGCGCACAACCGCUUCUACCUGACCUUUACCUGCGGAGACCGUGUCGAGAUAUGGAUGUCGCACAGCAUGGAGAACUUUAGGAACUGCAAGAAGAUCAUCGCGUGGAAACCGCCGCCGGCCACGCCGUGGGUGGUGGACAUCUGGGCCCCCGAGCUACACUACCUGGAGGGGAGAUGGUACAUUUACUUCUGCGGCGCGCAUCCCGAGGUCGGAAACCCUUCCCACAGGACGCUGUUGCUGCGCAGCCGAAGCCAGGACCCCAUGGAGGCCGGGGCGUGGGAGUUUCUCGGCCAGAUGAAGGGCCUGCCCGACCACUGGAACAUCGACGCGACCGUCUUCUACCUGCCACGCACGGGGAAGCUUUACUGCUGCUAUUCUGGGUGGCCGCUGGGCGACUACUCGGACCGGCAGCAGGAUCUCUUCCUGAUCGAGCUGGAGAGUCCCGAGCUCGCGCGGGCCGAGACGCUCACAUGCAUUUCUCGAGCAGAACUGCCGUGGGAGAGGGCGGAUGGAGGAACGCACGGCAUCAACGAAGGCCCCACGUUCGUCAGCAUCCCGGGCUUUGAGGGGAUCAUCUACAGCGCCAACGGGAGCUGGACCAGCGACUACCGGCUGGCGGUGCUCGAACUGGUCGACGGCGCGGACCCGCUGAAGGAGUCGUCGUGGAGAAAACGGCCAACACCACUCCUCAUCAGUGACGGGGACAAGGGCGGGCCGUUUGGACCUGGGCACGCGAGCUUCAUCGCCUCGCCGUACGGAGAUGGGAGGGUCUACUGCAUCUACCACGCCACGGAGCACCAGGGCCAGGGAUGGAGCAACCGCAAAGCCCGGGUGCUGAUGUUUGGUCCUGAGCACUUUCACCCCCAAGCCCAGCCCAUGUGCUGUGCUCUGUCAGUCUCGGGGCAAUGGAGCGGUGGUGUCUCGGCAUCACACUCUGGCGGACGGGUUGGGAACGUGUCUGAGCAGGGAGCGGGAGCGUCGUCACCGCACGUCCGUGAGCAAAGACGAGCAAGUCUGGUCGACAAGCUUGGGGGGAGUCUAUGGAAGAAGUUGAGGGAGUGGACAUAA